AUGCGUCUGACUCAAUCCUUGAUCCUUCUCUCUACGUUCGCCCUCCUUCCCGCCGCAUGGCCGACGAUGCAUCAAAGACGGUCCGUCUUGGCCAGAGGCGACGAACCCCCUACUCUGAAUGGCCUUGUGAGAGAAUAUGACAAACUUUCGCCGGCUGAGAUCGAUAUGCUUCUUCCCCGCCUCAGCCACAAAGAGCAUGAGAAACUUCACCACUGUGUGGCAUCUGAAGACGCCUGUACGGGACAUUUACUCGACCUUGCGAGACAUGCCCAAGAGCUCGGUCUAUUGGAGUCUUUCAACAAUCACCGCUAG